CUGCGAGAAGCCGAUAGCCUCCGUAUCGAAAACAAGCAGACGAGCCGAGUUGCUUCUGCUAAAGCUAGCUCCGCUAUCUUUAACGGCAGUCAGCCCGCUGCUGGGCUGCGAGCUUCCACAACUUUUUUCAAGAAGUAACUUUUGAAAGACAAUUCAACUCGAAUACAAGGCACCCUCACUUUAAAGUUUAAAGCAAUGGCGUGCGGAGCUACCCUGAAGAGGACCAUGGAUUUCGAUCCGCUCAUGAGUCCAGCUUCGCCCAAAAGACGAAGGUGUAUGCCCGUGUCUCCGUCGUCCUCGUCCCCGAGGAAAUAUUUGAGCAUGGAGCCCUCGCCAUUCGGGGAGUCGUCAUCCAGACUGAGCGCAGAACAAAUCCUCCACAGCAUCAAGCAAGAGUACAAACGCAUACAAAAGAGGAAGCAUCUGGAAACUGGAGUCUACCAGCCGCCCGAGUGCUGCUGUUCUCCAGAAUCUCCUCCAUCCCAGUUGACCAUGUCAGCGACGCCCUCUGGAGGCAUUUCCCCAUCGAGGAAGGAGCAGCCACUAUUCACCCUCAAACAAGUUGGGAUGAUCUGUGAACGCCUGCUGAAAGAAAGGGAAGACAAGGUGCGGGAGGAGUACGAGGAGACCAUGACAUCCAAACUGGCAGAACAAUAUGACACCUUUGUGAAGUUCACACACGACCAGCUAAUGCGACGAUUCGGUGAACAACCUGCAAGCUAUGUUUCCUGAACUCACAUGACCACAGCCUCUCGUUGCAUACAGAUCGUGUGACACCAAAAGGAAGGAAAAACAAAUACACACACACACACACACAUACACAAAAACGCUCAUCGUUACGAGAUUCAGUUUAGAUGAAACUUUUUCUUACUGUGCCAUAUUUCUGUGGUUGGGCAAAUGGUUGUAAACAACCCGGUGCUUCCCGAUGUAAGCGGACCCCCCCCCCAUACCCCCACCCUCCCUCACCCAUAGUCCCCUUCUUCCCACCUGUGUGGUUGGUCCCAGCUGUGUGCGUGCUGACAGUUCUCACACUUUUUGUGACAAUUCCCAGCAUUACCAACUUGUUCACUCUUCAGUUUGUUACAUGUAAAUAUAUUGGAGCAGCAGUGACUUUGUUGUCACAAGGAAGUUUGCAGUCGCUCCUCCAUUUUUUUCUUUUUAUAAUGAAGUAGGCCAAAUAGAUUAUUUUCUUCCCUUUCCCGACCAAGUGUUUUAUUUAUUUUCAUUUGUUUUACUGGUAUAACUUUGAAUUCAUUGUACGCAAUCAAAAAUACAAUAAAGGAAUUAAUUUUAAA